AUCAAAGGUCCUUCAUGGACCCUUUUGGGGUGUUGGUGAAUGUCUCCAGGGUUUAACCAUUUCCUCUCCUCAGCAUUUCCCCGAUUUCUAUAGACGACUGGUCCCUGUAGUGUAGGAUCCUCUCCAUUCACGUUCCCUUUAUAAGAUAAUUGUCCUUCUCCUGACUGACCAUUCAAGGAUGGACACGAGUCGCCGGAGUCACAAAAUGACCAAGCAGAUAUUGAACAUCACUCUGGAGAUCAUCUACCUGCUGACUGGAGAGGAUUACUUGGUGGUGAAGAAAACUGGUGGAUGUGUUGCACCCAACACCCAUCCUAUUGUGUCUAGAGCGUGGAACGAGAGUAGAAGCCCCAACAUGGCGCCUCCACCUGAAUCACUGAUACACGAGAGACACAAGGAGCAGAAGAUUCUAGACCUCACCAACAAGAUCAUCCAGAUGCUGAGCGGAGAGGUCCCUGUCAGGUGCCAGGACGUCACUGUCUACCUCUCCAUGGAGGAGUGGGAGUAUUUAGAAGGACACAAGGAUCAGUACAAGGACGUCCUGAUGGAGGACCACCAGCCCCUCACACCACAGGUUGAAGCCAGUAGAAGUAAUACACCAGUGAGCUGUCCUGAUACUCCUCCUGAUUUUCCCGUGGACAGCCCUGAGAUUGAUGAACAGAUUAUUAUCAAGGUAGAAGAGAUAGAGGGAGACGAGGAGUAUUAUAGGAGCGAUCUCCCAUGUAAGGAGGAGGAAACUCCCACCAGUGUCGGCACAGAUCUCCUAUUGGGUCUCCAGUCCAAUCCUCUCCCUCCAUCUUCAGAUUGUGAAGUGGAAUACUAUACCAUGCGAAAUAUUUUUGGCGAACACUUAAGUAACUCAAAUCUACCCUUGGUCAUCCACAACAGAGAUUUCACGUCUGAUCCUAGCAGUCUCGAAUGCCCUUCAUCUGAUCAAUUAACUACUGCUGAGCAGCUUUCUUGCUUUGACGGAAGAAACGACAGCCAGUUCUCAUGCUUGGAGUGCGGAAAAAGUUUCACCAAUAAGACAAAUCUUCUUGAACAUCAGAGAAUCCACACUGGAGAGCGGCCGCAUUCAUGUCUAGAAUGUGGGAAAAGUUUCACCUGGAAAUCGAAUCUUUGGGAACAUCAAAAAAUUCACACAGAAGAGAAGCCGUUUGUGUGUUCGGUGUGCGGGAAAUGUUUUAACCAGAAAACGGGUCUUGUGAGACACCUGAGAAUCCACUCAGGAGAGAAGCCGUUCUCCUGUUCGGUGUGUGCGAAGUGCUUUAGAAAUAAACAACAUCUGGUGGAGCAUGAGAGGAUCCACACCGGGGAGAAACCUUUCUCGUGUUCAGAAUGCGGAAAAUGUUUUAGAAUACGAAACAAUCUUUACGUACAUAAGAGAAUUCACACGGGGGAGCGUCCGUUUUCAUGUCCAGAAUGUGGGAGAUGUUUUACCCAGAGGUCAGAACUUAAUACCCAUAAGAGAAGUCACACAGGGGAGAAGCCAUAUUCAUGUACAGAGUGUGGGAAAUUUUUUACCCGUAAACGGAGUCUUGUUGAACACCAGAGAAUCCACACGGGGGAAAGGCCUUACCCAUGUACAGAAUGUGGGAGACGAUUUAACCAAAAGCAAGCUCUUGUCGUACAUCGGAGAAUUCACACAAAAGAGAGGCCGUACCGAUGUUCCGAAUGCGGUAAAGGGUUUAACCAGAAACAAGCUCUUGUCGUACAUCAGAGAAAUCACACCGGGGAAAAACCAUUUUCAUGUGCAGAAUGUGGGAAACGGUUUAUGCAGCUACAAACUCUUAUCGCACAUCAGAGAAAUCACACGGGGGAGAAGCCAUAUUCGUGCUUAGAAUGCGGGAAAUGUUUUGCCAUUAAAGCAAAUCUCGAUGAACAUCAGAAGGUUCACUCGGAUGAGAAGCCAUUUUUGUGUUCGGUGUGCGGAAAAUGUUUUAAUCAGAAAACAGGUCUUAUGAGACACCUGAGAAUCCACUCCGGGGAGAAGCCAUUUUCAUGUUCAAUAUGUGGAAAGUGCUUCAGAAAUAAGCAACAUCUUGUGGAACACGAGAGGAUCCACACCGGGGAGAAACCAUUCUCGUGUUCAGAUUGCGGGAAAUGUUUUAGAAUACGAAACAAUCUUUACGUACAUAAGAGAAUUCACACGGGGGAGCGGCCUUUUUCAUGUCCAGAAUGUGGGAAAUGUUUUACCCAGAGGUCAGAUCUAAUGGCACAUAAGAGAAGUCACACAGGCGAGAAACCAUAUCCAUGCCCAGACUGUGGGAAAUGUUUUACUCGGAAACGAAGCCUCGUUGAGCACCAGAGAAUCCACACUGGAGAGAAGCCGUAUUCCUGUGCAGACUGUGGGAAAUGCUUUAACCAGAAACAAGCCCUUGUGGUGCAUCGGAGAAUUCACACAAAAGAGAAACCAUACCCGUGCUUAACGUGUGGGAAACGGUUUAACCAGAAGCACGCACUUAUUGUCCAUCAGAGAAAGCACACGGGAGAGAAGCCGUACUCGUGUGCGGAAUGUGGGAAACGGUUCAUCCAGCUCCAAACUCUUAUCGCACAUCAGAGAAGUCACACCGGGGAGAGACCGUUUUCCUGUGCAGAAUGUGGGAAGAAGUUUAUCCAGAAACAAUCUCUUUUCGCACAUCAGAGACUUCAUACUGGAAAUAAAGCAUAGUCUCGAAGAAUGGGGGAAAUGUCUUUUAGAUGAACAGACUUUCAGACUUCAAAUAGUGAAUGUGGGGAAAUGUCAAUUUCGUAAUAUAGAAAACUUUUCUAAAU